AAAUCCCUGUUAUUGCUCUGUUCACGAGGUUGCACGCCUGUACUCUUUACUCCUCCACCUCGUCUCUCUCUCUCUCUCUCACACACACAUUCUCUCUCUCUCGAUGUGUUUAUUAAUCUCUCUUCCUCUUCAUCCUUACACUAACCCUUUCAAUUCAAUUUUCAUGCUGCAUUCAUGAAAAUGUCAACUCCGGCGUCAAGAAAACCCAAAUCAUGGCAUUACCCACCUCCACCUCCCACCCCCAGAAUCCUCCACUUGCCUCGCCGGCCUCGCCGGAGACCCACCAAGCCACCCAAAGGAAAAUCCAAUUCCGGCGAGACUCUCGGGAGUGAGCGCAAGGGAAAGUUGGAGACUUUAUUUGAUCAAGAACGUCCAAUGGCUCGAAAUGUUCCGAUAGUGGUGUUAGAUUACAGUGGCGCAAGUGAGACGAGGAGAGAGAGAGUUGGGAGCAGAGAAAUUGAUGGCGGUCCUCGUGGUGGUGGGUUAGGUUUAGAAGAAGAAAAAUGGAGAUUUCAGGCGGAGAUGUUGAGGGCAGAGUGUAAUCUGUUGAGAAUGGAGAAGGGAAUUGUCAUCAAGAAGCUUCAUAGAACUCGAGCUAAAAUGGAGAGGACUCUGAAAUCUGCACUUGAGACCCUUGUUUCUGGAAGAAUCAAAAUCUGCGAAGGAAAGGAUGUUGAUAUGGUAUUAGAGGAAGAGAUCCAAGAGUUGACAGAGAAACUUGAGAAAUUGCAGAGGAGAUCAGGAGCUAAGGAACUAGAGGCUAGGAAAAACAACAAUUUUGACAGACAAGUUUCAGUUCUUCGGAGACGUCUAGAGAAGAAUGGAGGAUCAUUAGAGGAGAUACAUGUGAGAACGAUUCAACAGAUGGCUGAGGCAACCAUGUCCAUUAAAAAUUGCAGCAGAGAGGAUGGCAACAACAUCAUUUCAAGUGGGAAACUAAAUGUUGAGAUUUUGAGAAGAAAAAUGGAGGGAUUGUCAAAAGGAAUACUAUUACAAAGUAUGGAGGAAGAGUAUAACUCAAUGCUCUCCACAGCCAACAGUUCAAAUCCAAGUUCAACCUCAAGCUCCAAGAGAUUGGAUUGUCAUUUACUGUCUUCCAUUAGAGUACCACAUCAGGAAAAAGAUGGCAGUGAAGGGAGUGUAUGUUCUGGACAAUGUAAGGCAGUUGUGAAAAGAAUUGUAGAGCAAGUUAGAGCAGAGACAGAGCAAUGGUCUUUGAUGCAGGAGAUGCUAGGUCAAGUGAGGGAAGAGAUGGAGGAAUUGCAUGCUUCCCGGGAUUUUUGGGAAGAUAGAGCCCUUAAUUCGGAUUAUCAAGUCCAAACCCUACACAAUGCUGUGCAAGAAUGGAGACAGAGAGCUAUCUCAUCUGAAAGUAAAGCUAAUGAGCUUGAAGCCAAGUUUUCGAUCCUACGUCUUGAACUUGAGAUGUUGAAGAAGGAACAGAAUGCCGAUGUGCAGAGGCCAAAAAGUCCUGUGACUUUAUCGGAUACACAGAAUGAGCUCGAGAAGCGAAUCGUGGUUUGUUGCACGAAAGAAAACAGUCACGCCAUAGACAACUGCAAGAGAAACGAGGUCUCAAGAGACACAGAAAGAAGAGCACAUGGAAAUCGCAGCGUGUUUCGUGCUUCGCAACGAUCACCAUUGGCAGAAAUGAGGAAGAACUCGUCGUUGUUCAUGAGGUAGAAGUGGAGAAAAUGGCAAAGCAAGUUGUCCUUUUGCAUUGCCAUGUUUCUUAUCUUCAAAUGCUGAGGAAAAGUUUUGUAACAAAGCUAGCAAGUCUCUGAGAUGUAUGGUUGAGAACUGCUAACAUAAAACUACACCACCUAACCAAUUGGGGAAGGUGUGAAGUGGAAUGAGGUUUACAUGUUGAGAAGUUUUGCAAGUCUUAAAAACUUGCAGUGACUGGGAAAGAACUCAUGAUCCUUGAUAGAGAUGUUCGUAGUCUUUCA